AUGAACGAAUCAACAGAGACCAAAGACGAGGUGAAGGACAUCGUCGAGGGAGGGCCGUCGAGACCGAAUUCCGGUGACAGCCGCGGGGAGGUUCUCCAACAGUCGCCUGCAGAAUCAGAGAAGAGCAAGUCAACGCCAUCGACAGACCUUGGAAGACAAGGCGAUCAGGAAAAACAGGAAAAGGUCACCCAGUCGGCCGAAGAUGACUUCCCGGAAGGGGGCACGCGAGCAUGGUUCGUGGCGGCCGGCACGGCGGCCAUUCUGUUCUGUUCCCUGGGGUACACCAAUUCCUUUGGCGUCUUUCAAGCGUAUUACACGCGACACCAGCUUUCGGACCAUACGCCAGACGACAUUUCCUGGAUCGGAUCAAUACAAGCAUUCUUGGUGUUUGCUUCCGGAGCCAUCGGAGGGCCAAUCUUUGACCGUUAUGGCGCAUGGGUCAUCCGCCCCGCCGCGGUGGUUUACAUAUUUUCAGUCAUGAUGACCAGCUUAUGCAACGAGUAUUGGCAAUUCAUGCUCGCUCAAGGUGUGCUCAGCGGUAUAUCAAAUGGGUUGAUCAUGUUCCCGGCAAUGGCCGCCACGCCGCAGUACUUCAAGAGGAGAAGAGGAGCAGCCAUGGGCCUCGCCAUCGCUGGCUCGUCGCUAGGUGCAGUCGUGUUUCCCAUCGUACUCUCAGAGUUACUGGACAGGCUGGGAUUCGGAUGGGCCGUUCGUAUCUGCGGGUUCAUCAUGAUGCCGUUCCUCCUCUUCUCGUCCGUCACAGUCAGGGCUCGUCUCCCCCCGCGGAGGAGCCAAUUCUUCAUCUGGAAGGCUUUCCGAGAGCCGCUGUUCUUGUGUCUCACUGGCGGCGUUUGCCUCAUGUUUGUGGGCAUGUUUAUUCCCUUCUUUUACUUGCCGACGUUUGGUAUCGAUCACGGCAUGAGCCCGGCGCUGGCGUCAUAUUUGGUGGCCGUCGUGAACGGAGCAUCGAUCCCUGGCCGCAUUGUGCCCGGCGUUCUGGGCGACAAGUUUGGUCGCAUCAAUAUCUUGUUCACUGCGGGAUUAUUGACGGCUAUCUUGAUAUUAUGCUGGCCCAAGGCAGUGACCGAGGCCGGAAUCAUUGGCUUUUCCGCGGCCUACGGUCUCACAUCAGGCGCCAUUAUCUCAGGAGGGUCCGUGGUUUUCACCCUCUGUCCCAAGACGCCUAAGGAUAUCGGGACCUACAUGGGAAUGGGCAUCGCAUUCGCAUCAAUGGCUGUAUUGGUUGGCCCGCCGGUCAGCGGCGCAUUGCUCAAUCGGUACCACGGUUACGAUCAGAUCUCCAUCUUUGGCGGCGUUGUUUGCUUGGCCGGGGCGGUUUUGACUCUUUGCGCCAAGUUCUUCUCGACUGAGGGUCUUUUAGGAUUUGUCUGA